GGUCAAAUACCAAAUCGACUGCAGUGUAGGGACUCCACAAGCACCAGUCAGUUCAGUCACUGCAGUUAUCCAGAAUCUGUGCUGUGUCGAGUUUCAACACCAUGCUUAUCAUCAACAAGUUAACAUUCGCAACGUGCCUCGUUGUUACUCUGGUCAGUGGUUUUGGAGCCACUCAAGAAACUAACGAUUUAGAUCUGGACGAUGUGAAAAACAAACUAAGCAACCACAUUCCUGAAUUAGGCAGUUUCAAUGAAUCAGCAUUGCCAAGUCCGGAACAAGUUGAAGAAUCUCUUAAAGAAAAAUGCAAGAAAAACGGUGCUGAUCCCACCAUCAUAGAUAAUUUAAAAGAACAACAAACGAUCAUAAAAAAUUGUAUGGAAAACUACGUCAACACCACAGUGUUGAGGGAUGAGUUAGAGAAAGCAAAGGAAACUGGUUCAAUGGAUGUGGUUUUCGGAAAGUAUUGCGCUAAAUACGGGGAUGUAAGAAAAUGUUUUUCCACAGCUACAGAAAACAUUACUAUGUGCUUAAACGAAAAAGAAAAAGAAGCAUAUAACUCUUCGAUCAAAGCCAUAGCCGAAUUAAAGGAGUUCCUUUGCUAUAGAGACGGAGAUCGGAUGGCUAUGUUUGUUGCUGAAGGCGGUGUAGAAUGCGUGACUGAAAAAGAGGAAAACAUUAAGUACUGUCUAAACCAAACACUGGGUUCCAGAGUGCCGGACAACCUAAAUGUGGACAACCUUCCCUUGCUGGUGUUCACCGAAAGCGAGUGCAAGGAUUUCGAGAAGAUGAGAGUGUGCAUCAACAAAGAACUGGAACAAUGUAAAACGAACACACCGGCCAACUUGGUGGACGCCUUCUUUAGAUACUUAAAGAAACACACACCUUGUAAUUCCACCUCAACUUUGGAAUUACAGGCUACCAGUGACGCCUAUUCGGCGGUGGCGUCCUUUGCCAUGGUAUUAGGCAUUUUUGUUGUAUUUGUGUUUUAAUAAUUGAUUUAUUACUUUGUUUUAAUACGCCUUCGACUGAUUAGUUUAAAGAGUUAAUCAUCGAAAAGGAUUGAAUGUUUUAUAUCAGUCCAGUUGUAUUAAUUGUAUAGAUAUACGUAAUAGAUUUUAUUGUGAUAAUAAAAUAUUUCUUUUGUAUUAUUAUGUAGAUUUUAAUAUAUGUUUUUU